CCAGCCAAAUUACCAUUUGCUACAUUAAAGAAAGCAUAUGAUAAAGAGUGUGAGAGGUUUCGAACUAACAACAAUGGUAAGGUUGUAACAAAGUACAUGUUCGCUGAAUUAUUAGGACCAUUCCAUAUUGCAGCCUAUAUGCCUACUGCAAUAUGCAAUGCCUUCAAGACCACUGGAAUUUGGCUAUUAAACCCUAGUGCAAUUGGUCCUGAUCGUCUAGAUCCUUCAUUACAUACCAAUAUUCCACAAAUACUUAAAUAUCCCUUACGCCCCAACCUACCAACUGAAGAUCCAGAAGAUGACAAAGAGCAAUCUGGAGCCCAAUCUCCAAAAAGAAAAAAAAGGAAAACUAUGCACUUUUCUCAGCUUCUGACCAAUGAAGAAUCAUUAAAACAAUUAAAAGAAGUGGAGAAGGAGGCUGAAAGAAUGGUUAACGAGAAGCAACAUAAAAAAGAAGCAGCUAUUCAAAAGCGAACAGCACGUGAAGCCGAAAAGGCACAGAAGCAAGAAGCACGGAGGAAAAAAAAAAAUAUAGAGCGUAUAGGGGCAGAAAAGUAA